UAUGUUAUUCGAUAGCUCGACGAUCGUAUUUUACUAUCCUGAAUGAUAAAGUUACUGUUUUAGUAUAAGUAAGGACAGAGUUAAUUGUUAGUAAAUAAAAAAGUAUGAACGAUUUGAGUGAAAAUAGGAUUGAAAAUGCCUUUCAUGUACUAUCCCGAGAGUCUCGAGAAUUGUAUAUACCGACAAAAAUUGCUGAAUUAUAUGAAAGCAUAUCGACGCUAGAUUUUUAUAAAAAUUACGUGUCGAAAAAUAUACCAGUUGUCGUGAGGGGUGGAAUUAAACAUUGGAAGGCCGUAGAGAAUUGGAGUACACCAUACUUUAGAGAUAAGAUAGGAAAUAAAAUGGUAAAUGUAGCUGUAACGCCAAAUGGUUAUGCGGAUGCCGUUGCGAAUGAGAUGAAGUUGUCUGGUGCGAGUGAUAAGGAGUUCUGCAUGACAAUGAAUGAAUUUUUAGAAAGUUUGGAAAGGCCCCGCAACGACAGCAUUUUCUAUAUACAAAAGCAAAAUUCCAAUUUUGAGAAAGAAUUUUCAGAACUUUGGAGGGAUAUAGAUUCUCGUGGAUUAUCCUGGGCAACUAAGGCAUUUUCCGCAAAGCCGGAUGCUGUAAAUUUUUGGAUGGGAGAUGCAAGGGCAGUGACGUCCAUGCACAAAGAUCCAUAUGAAAAUAUCUAUUGCGUUAUAUCUGGUGAAAAAGAAUUUAUUUUGCAUCCACCGACGGACCUCCCAUGGAUUCCGUACAAAAUGUAUCCGUUGGCUGCUUAUAAAGAAAUUGAGCGAGGAAAGUGGAUAACCGAAUCCACAUGCAAAAUAAAAAAUUUAAAUGCCAUUGAGCUGGAAAAAUGCAUCGACUGUAAUGGCAAAGUUACGCCUGACUUAGUACCUUGGAUUGCUAUUAAUCCAUUAAAUCCCAAUUUUGAAAAGUAUCCAAGAUAUAAGAAUGCACUGAAAUUAGACAUUAAAGUGAGUAAAGGUGACGUCUUUUAUUUGCCUUCGCUAUGGUUUCAUCAUGUAAAGCAAUCGCACGCUUGCAUUGCUAUAAAUUAUUGGUAUGACAUGGAGUACGACAUAAAAUAUGCUUAUUAUAAGUCUCUAGAAACAUUGUGUAAAUAAUACAGAAGAGGCAGUCAGUU